AUGUCCACCGUAUACGUAGACGAGUCUUCCGGCUCUGACGAGAUUGGCAAGGGUACUCAGGAAACGCCUUAUCAGUCUCUCGCAUUUGCGCUCUUCACCCAUGGGUCAGCGCAGGUCUUGAUUCGCAAAGAUCCUACCGGAUCGUAUGAGGAGCCGACGCAGUCUGCGCUCAAGAAGGCUAAAAAGGGCGCAGAUGGCCUCGAGAAGAAACGAAAGAAAGCUGAGGAGCUCGCGGAGCGUGAGGCAAAGGAGAGGAGCGAAGAGCGGGAUCGGAGACAAAAGCUGCUAGAGGAGAGUAAGACGAUCGUGCUCACCGAGGAUCCUGCCUUACCAAAGGCUGUCAAAUCCAAGAUCAGUAGCCUCACACCGUUUAGAUCUAAACGCGUCCGAACAUCGGGGUGGGUGCAUCGACUUCGAGAUCAAAACAAGAUCAUUUUUGUCGUUCUGCGCGACGGCACAGGGUAUCUCCAGUGCGUACUAUCCGGGAGAGUGGCACAAACAUACGAUGCAUUAACCCUGACUCUUGAGUCUACUGUCGAGCUUGUUGGCACCCUUCAGUCUGUCCCGGAGGGUAAGACAGCACCAGGUGGACACGAACUGAUUGUCGACUAUUGGAAAGUGCUCGGUGCGUCUCCUGGUGGGGAAGAUGCGUUCACCAACCGACUAAACGAGAAAUCGGAUCCUUCUAUCCAGGCUGAUCUACGACAUCUCGUUAUUCGCGGGGAGACCGCUUCUGCUGUACUGAAAUUGCGUUCAGCUCUGUUGAGUUCUUUCCGGACAUCCCUGACCUCGCGUGAUCUAUUGGAGGUUACGCCCCCAUGCAUGGUACAGACACAAGUCGAAGGUGGGGCGACGCUGUUCAAAUUUGAUUAUUAUGGGCAGCCUGCAUUCCUUACGCAGAGCUCGCAACUCUAUCUUGAGACGUGCCUCCCGUCGUUGGGAGAUGUGUUCUGCGUGCAAGAGAGUUUCCGAGCGGAGAACAGCCACACGCGCCGGCAUCUGAGCGAGUAUACUCAUCUUGAAGCGGAACUGGCAUUCAUCACCUUUGACGAUCUCAUGGACCACAUUGAGGGUAUGAUAUGUGACACUGUGGAUCGGCUACUUGAGUCUCCGGACAGUGCAGCACUCAUCAAGCAGCUCAACCCCAACUUCACCGCGCCUGCACGGCCAUUUUUGCGUAUGGCGUAUGCCGACGCUAUCAAGUGGCUCAACGAACACGGUAUCCAGCACGAGGCAGAAGACGCAGACGGGAACGUGAUCAAGGACGAGAGCGGGAGCCCGAAGAUGGUAGACCAUGCUGUCGGCGACGACAUCGCGGAAGCGGCAGAGCGCAAGAUGACAGACAUUCUGGGCGUGCCGAUGUUCCUAUACGGUUUCCCGGCAGAGCUGAAAGCGUUCUACAUGAAGAAGAUGAAGGGCACAGGAGAGGGAGGCCCGGUGUUCACGGAGAGCUGCGACCUCCUGAUGCCAGGUGUCGGUGAGAUUGUCGGCGGUUCCAUGAGGAUAGCAGAUAUGGAAGAACUGCUCGCUGCAUAUAAGCGCGAGGGUAUUGACACUGCGCCGUACUAUUGGUUCACGGACCAGCGAAAGUAUGGGACAUGCGAGCAUGGCGGAUAUGGCCUUGGUGUUGAGGUGGGUCACUGA